UCAUCAGAGGUCAUGGUUAGCUAGCGGAGCUCGGCGGGGCUGUUUGCGGUUUUUUGUCUUUCUCCUGUUCAGAAGCAAAAAUGUGUGCAGAGUUUACUUCAGAAGGCGCCCAGGAUCGUUUACGGAGUUUGCAGGAGCUGACAGAGUUUACAGAAAGCUGCCGCGGGCAGCUGGCAGAGGUGUUCAGCGCGCUGGGAUGGGAGCCGGACUGCGAGACUAACUCACAGCAGGAGAAGAUGGAUGUGUGUUGCUAUGAUGCAAAUCACACAGUUCCCUGUAGGAGUAUGGAGAAACACAAAGCAACAUGCCAGCUCUUCCAGUUAGGAUACUCCAAAGAGGAUCAGGCAGAGAUGUGUGAUCCAUCCUUCUGCUAUGAGAGGGCUAACAUUCCCAGCAUAAAACUGGAUAAACAUGAACAACAGCAGGUAAUCCUGCAGGCCCGGGCGAGGGUGCCUCCUGUUCCAUCUGCAGGAUUCUACUGCCAGAGUGAUUACUCCACUGAUCCUGCAGAUGUGCCACAGAACCACAAGCGAGCAGUUUGUGACCUCACAGUUGCUGACCGACUGGCUUUGUAUGAUCAUGUUAUUCAAAAGGCCGUCCAGCGGAGAGCAAACGGACAGGCGUCCAGCAAUGAGGAUCUUUACGUAGAUCUUGUCUCUAAGCUUAAUAAAGAUGAGGACCAGAGUGGCCCGAAGUCUCACCUUGAGGUUUUAGCUGAGAUGAGAGAUUACAAGAGACGCCGACAGUCGUACAGAGCAAAGAACGUUCACAUCACCAAGAAGUCUUACACAGAGGUUAUUCGUGAAGUGAUUGAUAUUCAUUCAGGGGAGCUAGCCAAACUGUGGCAGGAGGAGAAAGAGGAAGAGUCCAAAGCAGCACAACACCCCCACAGGAGGCCAUCAGGUGAAGGCCGUUCUGGGUCUAUUGAGUCACAUGAGUCUCACACAAGCUCCAGGGAAGAAAGAAGCUCCCACCACAGACGCCCCCGGAAACGCAGUCGUGAUCGUAGCCAAGAGAGGGAGAGCAAAAGCAGAAGAAGGGAUUCCCAUUCUCCUGACGAGAGACACCACAAGAAGAAAAAGAAGAAAAAGGACAAGUCAUGAAGUGUUUAGUUAUAUUUAGGUCAGACAACAGCAUGCGAUGAAUUCAGAUGCACUGAGUAUAAAGAAAUCUGUCCCAAGAAGGUAGAACUGUAUAUCAUUACCUGCCUUUUUUGCCCAUUUAGCUUUGUACAGUUUGAAUGGAAACGGCUAAAUAAAAUGAUUAAAUGAUAAAAUGAUAAA